UCUAGUGCUGUGUCAAGUUCCAGAGAAGAGCCUCUUCUCUCCCAAGUUACUCAUCAGGUGCAAAUAGCUCAUGAGGAUAAGAAAGUGCUGAGGGAAAGGAGUGGUCUGCUGUGGCUGGGCUAAGAGGAUCCAGAGCCACAAAGGCAACCAACCAGAGGGAGCUUCGCCAUGCUACAUGCUGCUUUUCUGUCUAUGAGGAGGAAAAGUACAGAGUGAAGGGCAGAAACCAAGAAAACAGCAAUGCUCAGUCGUCAGCGAAUUUUGGACCUAGUGCUACUCCUGAUGUUAACCCUUUCAGUGGCUGAUUCAACUAGCCCAUGUCCACAUGAAAGGAAGAUGACACAGAACAAUUCAUUGCCUCUUGCAGCAGCUAACACAACAAAGAUGGUAUUGGUGGGUGAGCAGGCUGUCCUCUGUUGCCCUCUUCAACACUGGGAAGAAGUGAUUGUAACAACAUGGGAAAUAAUCCACACAAACAAGGUUCCCUGCAAAAUUGCCUACCUGAGAUCCACAAAUGAGACUGUGAAAAAUAACUGUACGGAUGAGCAAAUAACCUGGAACUUCAAGCCUGACCAGAGACCGGAUCUUCAGAUUGAUGUGGUGGCUCUCAUUCAUGAGGGGUAUUACAAGUGUGAAAUAGCAGAACCUAAUGGGAAUUACUAUCAUGGUUAUAACCUCCAAGUGCUAGUGCCCCCUGAAGUGAGCCUGUCUCUAGACAAGAAUAGAACUGCGGUGUGUAAGGCAGUCGCAGGCAAGCCAGCUGCCCAGAUCUCCUGGUUCCCAGAGUGGGGUUGUGUCACUGAGACAGAAUCGCCCAGCAAUGACACAGGAACAGUCAAGAGUACAUGUCACUGUUCAAAUAGUAAUGUAACUGUUGUGACCUGCUUGGUCUCCCAUUCGACUGGCAACAGGAGUCUGUCCAUAGAGCUGCCUUCUGGUGCCCAAACAGGAAAAUCAUAUGCUAAAUACAUCAUUUCCUCUAUUAUUCUUUUGAUCAUCCUGGGAUUCAUUUGUUUCUUGAAAAGCAGCAGCUUCAGAAAAUGUAAAUCAAAAAAGCCAGACUCUAUUCCUGUUGUAGAGGAGGAUGAAAUGCAACCCUAUGCGAGUUACACAGAGAAGAGCAACACACUCUAUGACACCGCAAACAUUGCAAGAAUUCCUCAGCUCUCUGAAAGUGAAUUGGAGUGUUUAAAAUACUCAAAUUGUGCAACAGAGCAUAGAAUGGAAACUGAGUUUCCUCCGGAGUGACUUCAGACAAAACAACCAUUAACAGUUUCCUAUGUGUUCUUCCAGAAAUUUCUUCUAUAUAUAUGACACAUCUAUAUGCCUAUAAUAUAUGUAUACAUUUGUAUCUGUUUACAUAUGUGUUUUUGUGUUUGUGUUUACAUAUAUAUGGAUAUAUAUGUACACACACAAAAAUCUGUCGUCACAAAUAGGAACAUAUUGUAAUGCUGUUUUGUACUCUUGAAAAACUAAUAAUGUGAGUCUUGGAAAUGCUUUUGUAUCUUGGAAACUUUUUCAGCACAAGCAAAACUAUCUCAUUCUCUCUUAAUGGCUCCAUAAAUUUCAUUGUACAAUUACAGUAUAGUUAAUCACAGUCUUUGUAAUAGACAUUUAGAUCAUUUUAAGUGUUGUUUGUGGUCUAAAUAAUGCCGUGUAGAAUGUUUCUUGUGGGCACAGCUUACUGUGAUGGUGUACAUCUUUAGGAUAAUUUCCUUGAGUGGAAUUGUGAGGUCAGUUGGUAUGCAUUAUUGAUAGAUAUGUCAAAUUGUAUCAAUUUCCAUUCCUCCAACAGUGUUGGAAUGUGCCUUUUCAUGUAUUCUUAUUUUUGUAUCUACAAGAUCUCUUUUUCUUAGUUUCCAUUUUUCCUUUUCUCAUUAACAAGUUGGCUUAAUAAGAUAUAUGAUGAUUAUAAUAACUAUAUUAUUUAAUAAAACUGGAUUUAUGAUUUU